AUGUCUUCAGAGUCAGAGAAAGAUAAGGAGAGGCUAGUUCAAGUUGCCAAAACGUUCUUUCUUCACAUGCAAGAUAUUGCUUCCUUCACAAACACACUUACUGAAUUUUUUAACAGAAGUAUGAAUACUCAGAUCAUCUUGAUGGCUGUGAAGGAAGAUGGUUAUAUUAAGGAUAUCUUUGAACAAAUGCUCAGAAUUGUUAAGGAGAUGAAAUCUGUAGUGGAAGCAAAGGAUGACAAAAUGCAAAAGAAACCUUUAUUUUCCAGUAUUGCAACAGCUAUGUCCUCAGUGGUUGAGAAGAGUGCCAAUGUAAAGGAGUUGCAGCAGUCAGCUAAAGAAGGGUUCAAAAGUGUCCCUUUACCAAUCAUUGCCUCCUUGCUGAAUAGUGGUAACAUCCUUGCGAGUUUGGAAUCUUCUCUUUCACUCUUGAUCAAGUAUCCCAUUAUGAAUCUUCAAUUAAGUGACUUCGAUAGAAAAGACACCAAAGAGCUAUCAGAUGCUACCACAUCUCAGAAAAGCCCAAGUGCAGAUCCAUCCAAAACCACUUCAAUAGACACCGUGAAAAAGUUGCAGGAUGUACUAAAAACUGAAAAUGCCAAGAACACCAUUGAGUCAGCCGCAGAUCAGUUGGAGCAAAUUGUCAAAACUAUGGGACCAGCCUUAGAGGGCCUCCAAAAGACUGUAAAGACUAUGGAAAAGAAUAUUUCUGGGCUUAAGAAAGCCAACGACUAG